AGCUCCGUUUACGAAAUAUUGUCGCUGUGUGUGGAAUCAAAAAUUCAUCAGUUAUCCCCCCAGAAAGUAGGUUUUUAACGAAAUAAGGGUUCGUUUUGUACGUUCGAUAUUUUUUCAACAGUUGGGAGAAACUGGUGCGACAUCAGAUAUUCGAGGUAUGCGGCGUCUAAAACGAACGUGAAAGUAUUUAUGUAAAGGAGAAAUUAAUCCGCUUUGAUUGAAAGCUUCAAAACUGAGGCUCAAAUAUGGCCGAGACAGAAGGAGGUUCCGAGCAGGAUGAUGUAUCAUUCCUUAGGACCGAAGAUAUGGUCUGCCUGUCUUGCACAGCCACAGGGGAGCGUGUUUGCCUAGCUGCUGAUGGAUUUGGCAAUCGACAUUGUUUUUUAGAGAAUAUAGCAGAUAAAAAUAUACCUCCUGAUCUUUCUCAGUGCGUUUGCGUAAUUGAACAAGCCCUAUCAGUUCGUGCUUUACAAGAGUUAGUAACAGCUGCUGCAAAUGAAACGGCACAGGAGAAUGUAGGUAAAGGAACUGGAUCUGGGCACAGAACUCUGCUUUAUGGUAAUGCCAUUUUGCUCAGGCAUCAGAACAGCGAUAUGUAUCUUGCAUGUUUGUCAACUAGUUCAAGUAAUGAUAAGCUUGCCUUCGAUGUGGGUUUACAAGAGCAUAGUCAAGGUGAAGCUUGUUGGUGGACUGUUCAUCCUGCUAGCAAACAGAGGUCUGAGGGUGAGAAAGUACGCGUUGGUGACGACGUAAUCUUGGUUUCUGUCGCAACAGAGAGAUAUUUGCAUACAACAAAAGAAAACGAUAAAUCUGUCGUUAAUGCAAGUUUCCACGUGACCCAUUGGUCUGUACAACCUUACGGAACUGGUAUUUCGAAGAUGAAAUGUGUUGGCUAUGUCUUUGGGGGGGAUGUCUUAAGAUUCUUCCAUGGAGGCGAUGAGUGCCUAACAAUUCCAUCCACAUGGAGCACCGAACAAAACAUUGUAGUGUAUGAGGGAGGGAGUGUCAUGUCACAAGCCAGAUCACUUUGGAGGUUAGAACUAGCCAGGACUAAGUGGGCUGGCGGCUUCAUAAAUUGGUAUCAUCCAAUGAGAAUAAGGCACUUGACAACUGGGCGGUACCUCGCUGUCAAGGAAAACAAUGAACUUUGCCUUGUCAGUAGGGAGGAAGCCACAACUGCACUAACAGCCUUCUGUCUUCGCCAGGAGAAGGACGACCAAAAAGUAGUUUUAGAAGACAAAGAUUUGGAGGUCAUAGGCUCCCCAAUCAUCAAAUACGGUGACUCCACAGUUAUCGUACAACAUUCUGAAAGUAACUUAUGGCUAUCUUACAAGAGUUACGAGACCAAGAAGAAGGGUCUUGGAAAGGUGGAGGAAAAACAGGCGGUGCUACAUGAAGAAGGUAAGAUGGACGAUGGGCUAGAUUUCAGCAGGAGUCAGGAGGAAGAAUCAAGAACUGCUAGAGUUAUAAGGAAGUGUAGUUCCCUUUUCACCCAAUUCAUCAAUGGAUUGGAAACUUUGCAACUGAAUAGGAGACAUUCGCUGUUCUUCCAAACGGUUAACUUGAAUGAGAUGGUGAUGUGCCUUGAGGAUUUGAUCAAUUAUUUCGCUCAGCCUGCAGAUGACAUAGAACAUGAAGAGAAACAAAACAAAUUGAGAGCAUUGAGGAAUCGUCAAGAUCUCUUCCAAGAAGAAGGCAUACUCAAUUUGAUUCUGGAAGCCAUCGAUAAAAUAAACAUAAUCACCUCUCAAGGUUUCUUGUCUGCAUUGGCUGGGGAUCACAAUUGGGAAAUGAUUUCUGGUUAUCUCUACCAGCUCUUAGCUGCUAUCAUCAAAGGAAAUCACACCAACUGCGCACAAUUCGCCAAUUCAAACAGGUUGAAUUGGCUUUUCUCUAGGUUAGGAUCACAAGCGUCUGGUGAAGGUACUGGAAUGUUGGAUGUACUCCAUUGUGUCCUUAUAGAUUCACCAGAAGCGUUGAAUAUGAUGCGGGAUGAGCACAUAAAAGUGAUCAUAUCCCUCUUGGAAAAACAUGGUAGAGAUCCGAAAGUUCUCGAUGUCCUGUGUUCACUUUGCGUGGGUAAUGGAGUGGCGGUGAGAAGCUCGCAAAACAACAUCUGUGAUUAUUUGUUGCCUGGUAAAAAUCUACUCCUACAGACUCAAUUAGUAGAUCACGUAGCUAGCGUCCGCCCUAAUAUUUUCGUAGGAAGGGUGGAAGGUAGUGCCAUAUACCAAAAAUGGUAUUUCGAAGUAACUGUGGAUCACUUGGAGCAAACAAGUCACAUGUUGCCGCAUCUGCGCAUAGGAUGGGCCAAUUCCAAAGGGUACGUGCCUUAUCCAGGUGGCGGUGAAAAGUGGGGAGGAAACGGGGUGGGGGAUGAUCUGUAUUCGUUCGGUUUUGACGGUGCGUUUUUGUGGACAGGAGGAAGAAGCACACAAGUUAGGAACAAGAGUGCAGAACCAUACAUAAGGAAGAAUGAUGUUGUUGGCUGUGCCUUAGAUCUGACUGUGCCAAUAAUUACUUUUACAUUUAAUGGAGUACCAAUCAGAGGCAGCUUCAGAGAUUUCAACUUAGAUGGAAUGUUCUUUCCUGUGAUCAGUUGUUCUUCUAAAUUGAGUUGCCGUUUCCUUCUCGGUGGAGAUCAAGGAAAACUGAAGUACGCGCCACCGGAUGACUUUUCGCCCCUUGUAGAGAGCCUCCUACCCCAGCAGGUCCUCAUGCUGGAACCGUGUUUUUACUUCGGCAACAUGAAUAAGACCGUAUUGGCCGGACCUCUACUCGUCGAGGACGACACAGCUUUCGUUCCCAACCCUGUAGACACUUCCAUGGUAUCCCUAACCAGUUAUGUCGAGUCGAUCAAGGACAAACUGGCGGAAAACAUCCACGAAAUGUGGGCCAUGAACAAAAUCGAAUCCGGCUGGCAGUGGGGGGAGUACAGGGACGACAUGAGACAUAUACACCCAUGUUUGGUGCAUUUCGAUAAACUGCCACCGGCAGAAAAACGAUACGAUUCGCAAUUGGCCGUUCAAACCUUGAAAACUAUAAUAGCUUUGGGCUAUUAUAUAACCAUGGAUAAACCUCCAUCUAGGAUCAAAACCGUACGUCUUCCAAACGAACCGUUUAUGCAGUCCAACGGAUACAAACCAGCCCCAUUGGACUUGAGCGCCAUCACUUUAACCCCCAAACUGGAGGAAUUGGUCGAUCAGCUGGCUGAGAACACCCACAAUCUGUGGGCCAAAGAGAGGAUUCAGCAGGGAUGGACUUACGGUCUAAAUGAGGAUUCCGAGAUGAUGCGUAGCCCACAUCUUGUCCCGUACAGCAAAGUAGACGACGCGAUCAAAAAGGCGAAUAGGGAUACAGCCUCUGAAACUGUCAGAACCCUGCUGGUCUACGGUUAUAACCUAGAUCCACCCACCGGCGAACAACAGGAGACGCUGCUGGCCGAGGCAAGUCGUCUACGUCAGUCCGCCUUUAGGACGUACAGAGCCGAGCGUACCUACGGGGUGUCUUCGGGUAAAUGGUACUUCGAGUUCGAGAUCCUCACCACCGGACCCAUGCGCGUUGGUUGGGCGAAAGCCGACUGCGCACCCGGACGUAUGAUCGGUUCGGAUGAGAACACUUGGGCAUUCGACGGAUAUAACAUGAAAAAAUGGCAUGGUGGAUUGUGCGAACCGUUUGGCCUUAAAUACACAGUUGGUGAUGUUGUGGGGUGCUUUUUAGAUUUAUUCGAUAAUAAUAUCAGUUUUUCACUCAACGGUGAACUUUUAAUGGAUGCUCUGGGAGGUGAAACGACUUUCGCAGAUGUACAGGGUGAGAACUUCGUACCGGCUUUCACGCUAGGGGUCGGUCAGAAGGCCAAACUGUGUUUCGGUCAAGAUGUGACCCAGUUGAAAUACUUCACGAUGUGUGGGUUGCAAGAGGGAUACGAGCCAUUUUGCGUGAAUAUGAAUAGAAAAGUCACUUACUGGUAUACCAAGGAUCAGCCCAUUUUCGAAAAUACCGAAGACUAUCAAGAUACCAAAAUUGACGUCACAAGGAUUCUUGCCGGCUCCGACAGCCCUCCGGGUCUCAAAAUCAGCCACAAUACGUUCGAGACGAUGGAAAAGGCCAAUUGGGAGUUUCUCAGGUUGAGUCUGCCCGUCACCUGUCAUCCAGAGUUCAUUACAGAAGAUGAGAAGAAAAGAAGAUGGCAGGAGAUAAAAAUGAGACAGCACAAGCUGAGGACAGAAGCCGAACAGCAAAUAACUCCGGCGCAUAUCGAGCAAAUCAUGAAGAGUGGCUUUUCGAUAAGCGACCUCAAAGGUCUCCAUCGAAACUACGAGGAAGCCGUAGAAUCUGACGAGGUCAUGAAAUCGGGAAACACCAACAAAUCGAUGAAAUCUCCCUCAAGACCGCCUCGCAAAACGUCCCUCACUAGGAACGGACCGGAGAAUGGAAUCGAUUCGAGGAGGAUUGGUAGCGAGGUCGAUCUGCAGAGGUACAACGACAUAUCGCCGACGAAUCAGGAUAAAUUCGAUGAUAGGAAGAAGCGUGGGAGGUCACCCUUCAGGUUCUUCUCGAAGAAGAGAGGUACUUCCAGCGGCGAUAGAACCGAGAGGAAGAAGUCGAAAACUCCCGACUUGGAAAUAGGCGGCAUGCCGAACAAUCUGUCGCCACCUACCAGGACUCCACAGGGUGGUCACUCGCCAGGGCAGGCAAACGCUUCGCCUAAACUACAAAGAAGCCCCACCAUAAAGAACUCUCAGAGCGACCUUCACUCAACCGGGGGCCAACAGAAACAGUUAUCCAUCCCUCAGACCUCCGGAAUAGAGGUCUACGGCAACGACAUAUACGACGCGGAGUGUUUGAAACUCAUAAAUGAAUACUUUUACGGUGUACGUAUAUUUCCCGGACAAGACCCAUCUCAUGUUUACGUUGGUUGGGUAACCACUCAGUAUCACUUGCACUCAUUGGAUUUCAACCAGAGCCAAGUGUUGAAGUCAUCGGUGAUCUUAACCGAUGAUUACAACCGGAUUAUCGAUUGCGUUGACCGACAUGCCUGUUACAUGGUGCGCGCCGAUGAGCUGUAUAACGAAGUUUCUCAAGACGCUUCAGGUAAAGGCGCGUCCCAGGGCAUGUUUGUUGGUUGUUUUCUAGAUGUCGCUACCGGAGUCAUUACUUUCACCUGCGAAGGGAAACCCACAUCUCACAUUUUCAGGAUGGAGCCAGAAACCAAGCUAUUUCCGGCGAUAUUUGUGGAGGCCACUAGCAAAGAGGUCCUCCAGAUCGAGCUAGGUAGGACUCUAACAACCCUACCGCUUUCCUCCGCCGUUUUGCAGAACAGCGGGAAGCACGUCACACCACAAUUUCCACCAAGGCUGAAAGUCCAGUGUCUCAAACCUAAUCAGUGGGCUCGGGUACCCAACCAAAGUCUCCAAGUCCACGCCUUAAAACUGUCGGAUAUUCGUGGUUGGUCGAUGCUGUGCGAGGACGCUAUUUCUAUGCUCGCCCUGCACAUACCCGAGGAGGACAGGUGUAUAGACAUCUUGGAGCUGAUAGAGGUGGAUAAGUUGCUGAGUUUCCACGCGCACACUCUCACUCUCUACGCGGCGCUCUGUUAUCAGAGCAAUUAUAGGGCCGCGCAUGUGCUCUGCAAACACGUCGAUCAGAAGCAGUUGCUAUACGCCAUAAAGGCGGAGUACAUGAGCGGGCCUCUGCGACAAGGGUUUUACGAUCUUCUGAUCGCCGUUCAUCUGGAAUCUGCAGCAACAACUAUGGAGGUCUGCAAGAACGAGUACGUCAUUCCUAUUGGUCAAGACUUGAAGGAUCUAUAUGAGGAAAGUGAAAUGGGAAACAGUUUAUGCAAGUUGAAAAUGGAGUCGGUGCAACCAGUGAUGAAUAUGACGAAUAUAACAGAUGUUAUAGAAGAUAUAAAGAAACUGUAUUCACCAUUUUUCCCUCUGGACGUGGUGAGAGAUUAUGUUAUGACAGCCCUCGCAGAAGCAGUCGAUAUAAAUCAAGUACACAACAGAGAUCCAAUAGGGGGAUCGAACGAAAACCUCUUCUUGCCUCUGCUAAAAUUGGUAGAUCGUCUUCUACUAGUCGGCAUGCUGAGAGACGAAGACGUGAACAAGCUACUCAUCAUGAUAGACCCGGAAACUUGGGACCCAGCCUUCGACAGAGAAGGCAAAAACGAACACUCCAAAGGUCUACUCUCGAUGAAGAUGGCCGAAGGUGCCAAAUUACAAAUGUGCUAUUUGUUGCAUCAUCUCUGCGACAUCCAGCUGAGACACAGGGUGGAAGCCAUCAUAGCUUUCAGCACGGAUUUCGUCGGAGAGAUACAGAGCGAUCAGCUGAGACGUUACGUCGAAAUCAAGCAAUCUGACCUCCCGUCAGCUGUAGCUGCCAAGAAAACGAAGGAGUUUAGGUGUCCUCCAAAGGAACAGAUGAACGCUAUUUUAGGUUUCAAAAAUAUCGAAGAGGAAGAUAAAGAAAAUUGUCCAUUGGGUGAUGAGCUCUCAGACAGGAUGAAGGAAUUCCACGAUAUCCUCAUGGCUCAUGUGUCCCUGCAGGCGUUACAAGCCGAACCCAUAGAAGAGAUUCCGGAAGAAGUUAUCAGACCUGGACCCAUGAAGAAACUCUAUAAUCUGAUAAACGCUGUUAAGGAAUUGGAAGAAGAGCCGAAGCCAGAACCCGAACCCGAGAAGAAGACUCCAGAAGAGAUAUUCAGGAAGGUGCUCAUAGCCACUAUUGUCAAGUGGGCCGAGGAGUCCCAAAUUGAAACUCCCCAGCUAGUACAGCAAAUGUUCAGUCUUUUCGUGAGGCAGUACGACUCCGUGGGCGAGCUGAUAAGGGCCCUCCAGAAGACCUAUAUCAUCAACGCGAAGACAAAGUCCGACGUGGCCGAGAUGUGGGUGGGCUUGAGCAAGAUCCGCGCCCUCCUCCCGGUCCAGAUGUCACAGGAAGAGGAGGAACUGAUGAGGCAGAGACUGUGGAAAUUGGUCAACAACCACACGUUCUUCCAGCAUCCCGAUCUCAUCAGGAUCCUGAGGAUUCACGAGAACGUCAUGGCCGUCAUGAUCAACACUUUGGGUAGGCGGUCGCAGGCUCAGUCCGACGCCAGCGCUCAAGCCCAGACUGGGGAGGGAGAGGUGACGGGUAAAGAGAAGGAUACAUCCCACGAGAUGGUGGUGGCCUGCUGCAGAUUCUUGUGUUAUUUCUGCCGUACCGGACGUCAGAACCAGAAGGCCAUGUUCGAGCACUUCGACUUCCUGCUGGACAACUCCAACAUCCUACUCUCGAGGCCCAGUCUCAGGGGCUCGACGCCGCUAGAUGUCGCCUAUUCCUCCCUGAUGGAAAACACGGAAUUGGCGUUGGCGUUGAGGGAGCACUACCUGGAGAAGAUAGCGGUCUAUCUGUCCCGUUGCGGUCUCCAGUCUAAUUCAGAGCUGGUGGAGAAGGGUUACCCUGAUUUGGGUUGGGAUCCGGUGGAGGGCGAGAGAUAUCUGGACUUCCUGAGGUUCUGCGUCUGGGUGAACGGAGAGAGCGUGGAGGAAAACGCGAAUCUGGUGAUCAGGCUGUUGAUUCGAAGACCCGAAUGUCUUGGACCGGCUCUCAGAGGAGAAGGGGAAGGUCUGCUGAGGGCUAUUAUUGAUGCAAAUAAGAUGUCAGAGAAAAUAGCCAACAGAAGAAAAAUGAUGGACGAAGCAGAAGGUCAACAAGAAAACGGUCAGUUUACUCAUCCACUACCAGAGAGCGACGAGGACGAAGACUAUAUUGACACAGGAGCUGCAAUCCUGAAUUUCUAUUGUACAUUAGUGGAUCUUCUUGGUCGAUGUGCUCCAGAUACUGCCGUAAUAGCUCUGGGUAAAAACGAAUCGUUGAGGGCCCGAGCCAUCCUACGAUCGCUGGUGCCUCUAGAAGAUCUCCAGGGCGUACUGAGCUUGAAAUUCUCCCUGCAUAAUCCAGCAGCCGGGGAAGAGAGACCAAAGUCCGACAUGCCUUCAGGUCUGAUACCUGGCCACAAGCAGUCGGUUGUUCUAUUCUUGGAGAGGGUUUACGGUAUCGAGACGCAAGAGCUGUUCUUCAAACUUUUGGAGGAAGCUUUUCUACCCGACCUCCGAUGCGCUACAAUGCUCGAUAGGAACGAUGGUAGCGAAUCGGACAUGGCCUUGAGCAUGAACCGCUACAUGGGUAACUCGAUACUACCGCUGCUCAUCCAACACAGCAAAUUCUACAGCGAAGCCGAAAAUUAUUCCUCACUUCUAGACGCCACCCUACACACCGUCUAUAGGUUAUCGAAGAACCGUAUGCUCACCAAAGGACAGAGAGAGGCCGUAUCCGACUUUCUGGUAGCCUUAACCAGCCAGCUCCAACCUUACAUGCUGUUGAAGUUGCUGCGCAAGCUCACGGUCGACGUGUCCAAUCUGUCGGAGUACACGACUGUCGCCCUACGUCUCCUGACCUUACACUACGAUAGGUGCGCCAAAUAUUACGGUUCCAGCACGGGACAAGGGGCCUACGGUGCCGCCAGCGACGAGGAGAAGAGGCUGACCAUGAUGCUGUUCUCCAACAUAUUCGAUUCCCUCAGCAAGAUGGACUACGAACCGGAGCUGUUCGGGAAGGCCCUGCCUUGCCUGACGGCCAUAGGUUGCGCCUUACCGCCGGACUAUUCCCUCUCCAAGAAUUACGACGACGAGUGGUACGCGAACAAGACGGGAGGGGGAAACGGCCCUUACAACCCUCAGCCCAUAAACACCUCUUCGGUUCAGUUGAACAACGAUCUCAACAGUAUCGUGCAGCAGUUCUCGGAGCACUAUCACGACGCUUGGGCUUCGAGGAAGUUGGAGAACAACUGGCAGUUCGGCGAGCCUUACUCUUGGGAACAGAGGAUCCAUCCUAGGUUGAAGCCUUACUCAAUGCUCAACGAUUACGAGAAAGAGCGCUACAAGGAGCCGGUCCGCGAUUCCCUCAAGGCCCUACUAGCCAUAGGCUGGACCGUGGAGCACACCGAGGUAGAUCUGCCAACCAGCAGGAACAACAGCCCUCGACCGGUAUCUGGCGACGGUAGCUACAACCCCCACCCCGUCGACAUGACCAACCUGAAUCUUUCGAGGGAGAUGCAAAACAUGGCGGAGCGCCUCGCGGAAAACGCCCACGACAUCUGGGCUAAGAAGAAGAAGGAGGAACUGAAUACUUGCGGGGGCGGCGUGCACCCCCAGCUGGUGCCUUACGAUCUGUUGACGGACAAGGAGAAGAAAAAGGACAGGGAGAGGUCGCAGGAGUUCUUGAAGUACCUGCAGUAUCAAGGAUACAAGCUGCACAGGCCAAAUAGAGGCGCGGCACAAGAGAACGAGCAGGCAGGCGGCGGUCCUUCUAUCGAGCUCCGUUUCGCGUACAGUCUCUUGGAGAAACUGAUCCAAUACGCAGACAGGGCCACCAUCAACAUGAAGCUACUGAAACCGUCUCAAACCUUCAGCAGGAGGAACUCCUACAAGACGUCGUCCAGGGACAUCAAGUUCUUCUCCAAAGUAGUCUUGCCGCUCAUGGAAAAGUACUUCUCCACCCACAGAAACUACUUCAUCGCCGUGGCUACGGCUACGAAUAACAUAGGGGCGGCCAGUCUGAAGGAGAAAGAAAUGGUGGCUUCUCUGUUCUGUAAACUGGCGAGUCUGUUGAGAUCCAGAUUGGCGGCCUUUGGCGCCGACGUUAGGAUAACGGUGAGGUGUUUGCAGGUGUUGGUCAAGGGCAUCGACGCUAAAUCCCUCGUCAAGAAUUGUCCGGAGUUCAUCAGGACGUCGAUGUUGACUUUCUUCAAUAACACUGCCGAUGACCUGAUGCAUACCAUCAUAAAUCUGCAGGAGGGAAAAUAUAGCCAUCUCCGAGGGACGCAUCUGAAAACUUCCACCUCUCUAUUUUACGUCAACACCGUUUGUCUGCCAAUAUUGACAGCCUUGUUCGAUCAUCUAGCAAACUGUGAAUAUGGCAGUGAUUUGCUAUUGGAUGAGAUACAAGUAGCUUCCUACAAGAUUCUUCAGGCACUUUAUACCCUGGGCAUUGAUGCUACUCUAACUCACGACCGAAAAUACUUGAAAACAGAGAUAGAGCGACAUAAACCAGCGUUAGGUUCAUGUCUUGGAGCUUUCAGUUCUACUUUCCCAGUGGCUUUCCUAGAACCUCAUCUGAAUAAAAAUAACCCGUUUUCACUAGCGAAUAGAAUUGCCGAUCACUCUCUAGAAGCCCAAGAUAUAAUGGCUCGAAUGGAAGGAUCAAUGCCGACACUGGAAGCCGUUCUGACUGAGGUCGAUCAGUUCGUAGAGAGCGAUAAGACCUAUGCCGAUGGGGCCCAUGUUAUAGACGUCAUUAUGCCAUUGCUUUGUUCCUACUUGCCGUUUUGGUGGGCACAAGGUCCGGACAAUGUUAGUCCCACUGGAGGAACGCACGUGUCAAUGGUAACGGCGGAACACAUGAACCAACUGCUCAAGAACGUUCUAAAGUUGAUCAAGAAGAAUAUAGGCAACGAGUCGGCGCCUUGGAUGACCAGAAUAGCUGCUUACACCCAACAGAUAAUCAUCAAUAGUAGCGAGGAGUUACUCAAGGAUCCGUUCUUGCCCUUAGCCGAAAGGGUCAAGAAGAGAACUGAGGCUAUGUAUCAUAAGGAGGAGAGUAUGAGGGGAUUCAUAAAAAGUAGUUCUGAUGACACCUCUCAGAUUGAAGCUCAAAUACAAGAAGACUGGCAGUUGUUAGUGAGAGAUAUAUACUCCUUCUAUCCUCUACUCAUUAAGUACGUAGAUCUACAGAGGAAUCAUUGGUUGAGGCAUAACAUAGCCGAAGCCGAAGACCUUUACAACCACGUCGCAGACAUAUUCAACAUCUGGUCAAAAUCGCAAUAUUUCCUUCGGGAGGAACAGAACUUUAUAUCGGCCAACGAGAUCGAUAAUAUGGUGUUGAUAAUGCCGACUGCCACCAGAAGAAGCGUCGUACCGGAGGGUGGACAGAGUGGUGGUGGAAAGAAAAAGAAAAAGAAUAGGGAUAAGAAACGAAACAAGGACAAGGAGAUCCAGGCGUCUCUCAUGGUGGCCUGUUUGAAACGAUUACUUCCGGUCGGUUUGAAUCUAUUCGCCGGCAGGGAACAAGAAUUGGUACAACAUUGCAAGGAUCGUUUCCUGAAGAAGAUGCCAGAGUACGACAUCAUAGAUUUCGCCAAGACCCAGCUUACACUCCCGGAUAAGAUAGAUCCAGCAGAUGAGAUGUCUUGGCAGCAUUACCUUUACAGCCAGCUGGGUAGUAAGAAAAGCGUGACCAUUGGCAUGGAUAAUAACGGCAAGAACCAACUGGAGGAAACUGUGGAUAGAAUAGUGGCGAUGAGCAAGGUGCUGUUUGGAUUGCACAUGAUCGACCACCCGCAACAACAGCAAAAAGGCGUAUACCGCAGCGUGGUCUCGACCCAAAGAAAAAGGGCGGUCUUGUCAUGCUUCAGACAAGCUUCUCUGCACAGUUUGCCGAGACACCGGGCAAUAAAUAUUUUCAUUCGCUCGUAUUGCGAACUGUGGCUACAAGAUGAGAAUGUUGGUCAGGAGGUGAUGAUCGAGGACCUCACUCAGAGCUUCGAAGAUGCGGAGUUGAAAAAACAGGACGAACAAGAGGAGGGCGACAAACACGAUCCACUCACCCAGUUGGUCACCACUUUCUGCAGAGGUGCUAUGACAGAGCGGUCUGGGGCCCUGCAGGAGGACCCGUUGUACAUGAGCUACGCAGAAAUUAUGGGUAAAUCUUGCGGCGAAGAAGAGGAGGAAGGAGAAGAAGAAGGUGGAGGUGAAGGUGGGGCAGAGGGUGAAGAAGGAAAUUCUUCUAUUCAUGAACAAGAGAUGGAGAAACAGAAGCUCCUAUUCAACCAGGCCAGGCUAGCGAACCGCGGCGUGGCGGAGAUGGUGCUCCUGCACAUCUCGGCCUGCAAAGGUAUCCCAUCCGACAUGGUCAUGAAAACCCUCGAGCUAGGCAUAUCGAUACUGAGAGGCGGCAACUUCGACAUCCAGAUGGGCAUGCUCAACCACCUGAAGGACAAGAAAGACGUGGGAUUCUUCACCAGCAUAGCCGGUCUCAUGAACAGCUGCAGCGUGCUGGACCUGGACGCGUUCGAGAGAAACACCAAAGCUGAGGGGUUGGGCGUCGGUUCAGAGGGCGCCGCCGGCGAGAAGAACAUGCACGACGCCGAGUUCACUUGCGCCCUGUUCAGGUUCAUACAGCUCACUUGUGAGGGUCACAAUUUGGAGUGGCAGAAUUAUCUGCGUACCCAAGCAGGAAACACAACCACCGUCAACGUUGUAAUUUGCACCGUCGAUUAUCUGCUGAGGCUUCAGGAGUCCAUAAUGGACUUUUACUGGCAUUAUUCGAGCAAGGAGCUCAUAGAUGCGGCCGGUAAGGCAAAUUUCUUCAAAGCUAUAGGUGUUGCUAGUCAGGUUUUCAACACUUUAACUGAAGUCAUCCAGGGACCUUGUACCCUUAACCAACAGGCAUUGGCACAUUCCAGAUUGUGGGACGCAGUGGGCGGUUUUCUCUUCCUCUUCUCUCACAUGCAAGACAAACUCUCCAAACAUUCCAGUCAAGUCGACUUGCUCAAGGAAUUGCUCAAUCUACAGAAGGACAUGAUCACCAUGAUGCUGUCCAUGCUCGAGGGUAACGUUGUCAACGGUACCAUCGGUAAACAGAUGGUCGACACGCUGGUAGAGAGCGCUUCAAACGUCGAACUGAUAUUGAAAUACUUCGACAUGUUCCUCAAACUGAAGGAGCUGACCUCGAGCGCCAGUUUCCAAGAGAUCGACUUCAACAACGACGGAUGGGUUUACCCCAAAGACUUCAAGGAGAAGAUGGACCAGCAGAAGAGCUACACACCGGAGGAGAUUGAAUUCCUACUGGCGUGCUGUGAGACGAACCACGAUGGCAAAAUAGAUUAUGUGGGUUUCAUAGACCGUUUCCACGAACCGGCCAAAGAAAUCGGUUUCAACUUAGCCGUUCUGCUGACCAACUUGUCCGAACAUAUGCCGAACGAACCUCGGCUUGCCAAGUUCUUGGAAACCGCAGGAUCUGUUUUGAACUACUUCGAACCAUUCCUAGGACGCAUAGAGAUUUUGGGCAGCAGCAAGAGGAUAGAGAGGGUGUAUUUCGAAAUCAAGGAAUCGAACAUUGAGCAAUGGGAAAAGCCGCAGAUCAAGGAAUCUAAACGAGCCUUCUUCUAUUCCAUCGUCACAGAAGGCGGCGAUAAGGAAAAACUAGAAGCUUUCAUCAAUUUCUGCGAAGACGCCAUCUUUGAAAUGCAGCACGCCAGCGGUCUCAUGUCAACGGAGGAAUCAGGAGAGGGGGGACCGACAAGGGCAACCAGUUAUAGCUACAUGACUGACGAAGAGGAAGAAAGAAGCAAGAGAGAUCCUUUCCGCAGAGGCUUCCAGACGGUGAAAGAGGGAAUAUCGUACGGGUUAUCGGCCCUCAGUCCGUCCAACAUAAAACACAAAAUUACGGAGAUGCAACAGAUGACGAUACCGGAACUUUGCAUAGGUUUCUUGAAGCUGAUAUUCAACACGUUCUACUACUCCGGGUAUGGCGUGGCUGUAGUGCUGCAGUUCUUCAUGGGUAUUCUGAUGUCCCUGAUGAGAGGUCCUGUGGUCGAGGAACCUAUAGUGGAGGUCAAGGAAGAGGAGAAAUCCGGGCAUUUGAGGUUGUUACCCGCGUUGCCGUCUGCGGAAGAGCAAAAUUCGCAGAUGCAAGCGUUCGGGGUGGAUAUGGUCAAGGAAGAUAACGGACAGUACAAAAUGAACGCGCAUGAAUCUCCCACUGGCAGCCAGCUGUCAUCUGGCGACGGAGAAACGUCACCCGAAGACGGGGCCGAAACGCACAGCGAAUCAGAAGCGCAAGAGACGCCGAUGACCCUUUCGGAUCUUCUGGGCGGGGAACAAGCCAAACUAGCCGCCCAGGAGAAAGUGGAGGCUCAGGCUGCGCAACAGGCGGCUAUGCAGGCGGUGGAAUCGGAGAGCAAACAGCAGGCCACUACGGAACCCUCCGCGGUCUCGCAGAUCAACUUCGGCGCUUACGGUAAAAGGGCGGUGUCUUUCUUGGCGAGGAAUUUCUACAACCUGAAGCUGGUGGCUCUUGUAUUGGCGUUCUGCAUCAAUUUCAUGCUGCUCUUCUACAAGGUCUCGAAUUUAUCUGAUGGACUUGAUGGUAGCGGUAGCAAGGAGGUUGACGACUUGAUCAGCGGUUCGGGCAGUGGGAGCGGUGCUGGAGAAGGUUCUGGGGAGGAAGAGGACGAUCCUUUGGAAUUGGUGCACGUCGAUGAAGAUUUCUAUUACAUGACCCACGUUAUGAGGUUGGCGGCGAUGUUACACUCACUGGUUUCGUUGGCUAUGUUGAUUGCGUACUAUCAUCUGAAGGUACCUCUGGCUAUUUUCAAGAGGGAAAAAGAAAUAGCCAGAAGAUUGGAGUUCGAAGGACUUUACAUUGUAGAACAACCAGAGGACGACGACCUAAAGUCUCACUGGGACAAAUUGGUGAUAUCUGCUAAAUCUUUUCCUGUCAAUUAUUGGGAUAAAUUCGUUAAGAAGAAGGUGCGACAGAAGUACAGUGAAACAUACGAUUUCGAUUCUAUAAGUAACCUGUUAGGAAUGGAGAAGACCUCUUUCCAACAACAAGAAACCGAAGAAGGAAAAGGAUUGAUACAUUUUAUUUGUUCCAUCGACUGGCGUUACCAAAUAUGGAAAUCCGGUGUCACGAUAACCGACAACGCUUUCUUGUACUCCCUGUACUAUUUCGUGUUCUCCAUACUUGGAAACUUCAAUAAUUUCUUCUUCGCCGCUCAUCUUCUUGACGUCGCUGUUGGUAUUAAGGCCUUGAGGACCAUCUUACAGUCAGUCACUCACAAUGGAAAGCAACUGGUGCUCACAGUCAUGCUGUUGACCAUUAUUGUGUACAUAUACACGGUGAUUGCUUUCAAUUUCUUCAGGAAGUUCUACGUGCAGGAAGAAGAGGAUACUAUAGAUAAAAAAUGUCACGAUAUGUUGACGUGCUUUGUUUUCCAUCUUUACAAGGGUGUGAGAGCUGGAGGAGGUAUAGGUGAUGAAAUCGAACCUCCAGAUGGUGACGACUAUGAGGUUUACCGUAUCAUGUUCGACAUCACCUUCUUCUUUUUCGUUAUUGUUAUUCUGUUGGCCAUUAUUCAGGGUUUGAUCAUCGACGCUUUUGGUGAGCUUCGUGAUCAGCUAGAGAGUGUCAAGAACGAUAUGGAGUCGAAUUGUUUCAUUUGUGGCAUGGGUAAAGAUUACUUCGAUGCGGUGCCACACGGUUUUGAUACGCACGUAGCACAAGAACAUAACUUGGCGAAUUAUAUGUUCUUCCUUAUGCAUCUUAUAAAUAAACCCGACACGGAAUUCACCGGUCAAGAAACUUACGUCUGGAAUAUGUACCAACAAAGAUGUUGGGACUUCUUCCCGGUGGGAGAUUGCUUCAGAAAGCAGAACGAAGAGGAGCUUGGUGUUGGGGGAGGUUGAGUUUUUUCUGUUCCUAUAUUUUCUGACAUCCGCACACAGCAACAAAUUAUCGAGUGAUUUUUGACUAAACUAAGUUGU